GUGAUUAUUCGGUGGGAGGGGAGAGAGUUGGAAGACCUGCAUUGCGUAGCAGCUUGAGCGCUGGUAAGCGAAGGCAGGUUGCCGGCGGUAGCGGCUGCCGGUUCGCCAGAAUCAGCGAGUGGUUCCGGCUCAAGUGGAGCGGAGGCAUGGCGUCGCCCAUGGAGCUGAUGUGCUGGGGAGGAGACUGGGGACUGCCCUCUGUACACACCGACUCGCUCAUCAUCUUGGCUUAUGCCAAAUUUUCACGGGCUCCCCUGAAAGUGUACUUCAUUAAUAAUCCAUGGAAAACACCUACAGGGGACAUUCCUGUAUUGAUUUCCGAUAAUAAGAAUAUUGUGCAACCUGAUAACAUUUUGAACUUCCUGAGGAAACAGAAAUAUAAUGCUGACCAUGAAUUAUCAGCUAAACAGGCAGCUGACACGUUGGCAUUUAUUGCACUGAUCGAAGAGAAGCUACGACCAGCUUUGCUGCACGCUUUCUGGAUUGACAUCGAAAAUUACUGCAAUCUGACCCGACCAUGGUUUGCUUCAAGAAUCCCCUUUCCAUUGAAUUUCUACAUCCCAGGGCAGAUGUCAAGAUCUGCGAUGAAUCAGAUAAUUCUGUCCCGAGGAGAGCCACCCUUCUACAACAUCAAGGAGGUGGAAAUGCAGAUAUACAGAGAUGCAAAAGAAUGCCUGAACCUUCUAUCCUAUAGAUUGGGAACAUCUAAUUUCUUCUUUGGAAUAACGCCAACGAGUUUUGACGCCUUUGCAUUUGGGUUUCUUGCUCCUCUAUAUAAAGCAGACCUGCCUAACGCUCAUCUCCAGAAGCACUUGCAUCAGCUCCAUAACCUUUGCCACUUCUGUGACAACAUCUUAACUCAGUACUUCGUACAAAGCUCCUCGGCAUUAUAUUGCGGUCUCAACAUCUACAAUUGGUCUGAGGUUACUCUGACAGCACGUUCCAAGCAUGUAACCUUUAAGGCAGAGAUAGUGACCCCAGAAGAGAUGGUGGAUGAAAACCUGCAGAAGCUGACCCAGCUUGUAAACAAGGAAUGCAACCUGAUUGAGAAGAUGGACGACAAUCUUCGCAGCAGUCCCCAGCAUAAAUCCCAAGGAGCAGCCCCCUUAAAACUGACAGCUAUGACUAGUGAAGUCAACUCAUCACAGCACUGAUGCCUUGACCAUUCUCGUUGCCUAAGAAUAUUUGUAGCAGGUCUGGGAGUAGCAGGUCUUUAGUAUGCCGACAGAUUGGUAGGGAAAUGGAGGUGGAAGGAAAAAAAGUGCCAAUUUUGAGAAGAUCUGCACUGAACCUGUGUGCAAGGUGAAGAUAUCCGGAGUUUUACAUAAAACAUUGGAGCCUGAUGUAUCUGUUAAUUCUAAUUCAGCAGCUGGAACAAAAGAAACAAUAUCCUUUCCGGCAUAGUAUUUCAGGCGCAAAGCUGAUUUUUGUUUAUUUUAAGUUAAUAUGUUUUAAAUGACAAUAGUCUUCUAUGGGUUUCUAGAUUCAAUUAGUCCUGUUGGCAUGCCAGUUUUGAUAGCUUUGACCAGGUGGUGGCCAAUUCUGGAGGCAAACGUCAUCUGGAAAGCAGCAGUGUUUGCUAGAAUAAGUCUCUGUUUCAGUUCUGCUGUUUGUCCUAGACAGAAGCUGUCCAGCUCUGGCCUGAUAGUCAUAAAUGAACAACUACUACUUGUAGCUCUCAUUAUUGGUAGCUUGCUUUGAACAGCAAAAGCAUUACCUUAGGUGAUAUUUCUAAAAUGCUGCAGUUACUUGGCCUUAAUCAAUGCAAUGGUAACUCCAUAGCUUUGGUGAUUACUUCGUACAGACUUAUAAAUUGUGAAUAAUGUAGUUUAUGAUUUUACUAGUUUCCAUAAAUUGGUUAUUAAAAUACGGACAAUGUUUGAAUGUAGUUAAGAACUUCAUUGUUCUUUGAAGCAACAUAAGCUUUUAGAGAAAAAUGUGUCUUGAGCUUUGCUCUGGUGCACUAAUGAAUGUAAUGGUUUCUGACCCAUGAAUGCGUGGCGAAGCCAUCUGACUCAUUUCAGAAGUAUAUCCUAUCAAAUUUAGUGCAGGUACUGCAGGGAAAAGUUGCUUUUGAAAUUGAAUGUGUUACCUUAGCGUAAUGAAUUUUAAUCUCAGUUGCAAUUGGGAUCACUUUUAGAGUGGAACAAGUUUUAAGAUUGUUUUUAACUGAGCCAAUCGAAAUCCAGUUCAAAAGUAGUGAAUUGGUUAAAGCAUCCUUGUUUAGGAUGUUUAAAUUGAUAAAUGGACACACAGAAUGUCAACAAAGAGACUGCCGAUGUCAAAACUCUGGAAUGAAAAGAGGAACGGUACAAGAUGCUCAGCAGAUUAGUCAGCGGGUGAAGAAAAGAAAUGGUAAUGUUUUUGGGUCAAAAAACCUUUGUCAGAAAAUUCAGUUCAUUUUUCUAUUGUGACAGACCAGCACAUUUGGAAAAUGGUCAUUAUUUUGCCAUUAAUGACAAAUUUUAUAAAGUAUAAGUUAUGCCUUGUUAAAAUUAUUCUGUUUCCUCUCACAUUCCAAAGACGUACUGGGUAGGAUAGUUUGUAAAUUGCCCCACGAUUAGGUUCAGGUUAAAUCAGAGUUACCGGAGGUUGCUGGGGUGUGUGGCUUGAAGGGCCAGAAGUGCCUAUUCCACACUAUAUCUCUAAGUAAAUGAAUAAGUAAAAGUUGAAGCGAUUUUUGUUUUCAUGAAGAAAUAGGGAUGAAAAGCCAAAAUGUUACAUUUAUAAUAGUGCUCAAACACUAAUAUUGCUAGGAAGGUAUAGUAUUUGUGUUUAUAUUGUUCUAUGUUUUAAAAAAAUAUCUCUAUUUAAUUUCAGGAUUUGGCAGUAUGGACAUGUGUGUAUUUGUGCACUCCCAAGUGCUCUGUGAAGUGUUGCUGAUAAUCUAAAAUGUAGGAAAGCUGGGGAGUUCCUAUAGAAAACUGCCCCCGUCAUUGAUUUCUAUAGCACUAAGAUUUUUAAUUUUGCAAGUUUCUUGUUAAUCAUUAGGAUAUUUGCUUAAGGAUGUUUGGUAAAUUUGACUGAUUUUUUUUCAUGAGAAUGUAGGUGAACACGUUUUUAUCAAGAGUCGUUUUUUCUACAAUGUCCUGUUUUAAAUUCAAGUAACUAGUUACAGUUUUGUUUUGUGUUUUAACUUUUAUGUUUUUGGCAUAACUUGACCCAGUAAGAAUGCAAUUUGUUUUCAAGCAUCAUGAAUGUGGUUGUACUCAGUUUAUAUUAUAAAUGGUUAACAGAAUUGAGAUUGUAGAUAAUUUAAUGCUGAGGCUGACUGUACUAAUAUAGUUAAAAAUAUAAUAACUACUGCUGCAUAUUGCCCUUUACCUCCAUACCUAUAAUUUGUUUCAAGGUGGCAUGAAGUAAGACUGGCAAUGCCUACAUGUUUGCUGUGAAUAUUUUCCAUUGUGACAUUUUUUUCUACUCCUUUUAAUGGUUCCUGAUGAUGUAGAAUUUAGCUGCAAUUUUAAAAGCUGAAAACCUCCUGUGUAGUUAUGGGCACUGGAUAUGUUUGCUAAGGUUUGAAGUUGUUUAUUUAAUUAGAUUUGGCGGGUUGCUUUCUUAAGUUUCAAAUAUUCCUCAUCCUCGCUACAGUGUAAAAUUUGCCAUUACUGAGGUAGGGUGGAAGUUGAACUCAACAAAAGGCAAAAACUGAGGAGCCUGCAUGCUUUCUAGAGUGACAAGUGUAGCUCUGAGAAUUAAUCUAUAUGUCUUGGGAUGUAAAGAAAUAAUCUAUAUGUUUAUAUUAAUCUAUGUAAAGAUGCACCAUUUUAUGUAAAUAAGAGUGCCCCUUUAAAAAGCAGCUAUGGGUGCAUAUAUCAAGAUAGGCACGAAGACAACUAACUAGGAAUGAGCAAUUAGUGCUCCUCUUGCCAUAUUCCAAGAAUUAAUAUAUAAAAAUGGGUUAUACUGUGUCUGCAACAGAAACGUAAUAUGCAGAAUUAUCUAUUUCUUGGUUGUAGUUCAAUUCAGACUCAUUUAUUCAAUAUACAUUUAAUCAAAACAUUUAGUUUCCAGCAAGCAGUUGGAACAACCUCUGCUAAUUGAGUUUAAAAUUCGUAAGUCAAUACGUGACCCCUUCAUGGAGUUUAUUGCAAAGAUAUCACCAUUAAAGUUGUAUUCAGAGCAGAGUGCGAUGAUACUCUACAUUGUUUAGGUUACUACAUGUGCACAAGGAAGAGAGUUUGCAUUGCCACCAGUUGAUAACAUUGCCAAUGACAUGUUCAGAUCCUGAUUAUUUAUUUCCAGCCUGAAGUCCUUGAAGGCUGGCCAGCCUUAUCAUGGGCUCUUAAACAAAUUCCUUGUUUCAGACUAUACUUUUGGUCCAGGCUUUUAUUAUGUUCAUUGUUAUUGACAAUUAGAGGGGCUAGAAAUGGCGUUACAUCACUAUCCAGUGAAUAGAGGGGUUCAAAGGUCUAGGUGGAUUGGUAGGGUUUGUUGAACCUCCCUGCAUCCAAUUGAAAAACUAAGAAUGCAUUGAUUCAGAAAGUAAGCAAAUGUUUUCAUAUAAAAAUAGUCCAGUAAUUGACCAUUGACAGAAUGUGCUUUAAACAAGUCUGGCAUUGAUGUGAGCAGCAUAAUUUCUAACUACGCUUUUAAAACCUUAUUUCUACUAUAAAGACAUCUAAUCAGAAAAAAAUCUUAGAAUUCAUUACUUUCCCAAAUUUAUUUAAUAGCAAUCUGUCAUUAACACCUGAUGGAUACUUUGAAAGCAUCAAAAGGUGGUUUGCAGCUCAAAACGCAUGUUGGAACGGUGAUGUGCAUUGAAUUUGCCAGAUCUUGCACAUUGGAAGUAUUUACUUAAUUCGUUCCCAGGAAAUGGGUUGAGAGAAGGAAACAGAAGUUGCCACCCACUUCAACAUUUGUACUUGGCAUUGCGGUGGUGGGCUGCCUUCUGGAAAGACUGCUGUAUGUGUAAUGAUUCCUGUUAUUUCUUGUAGAGUUUGGUACAAUUCAGUAGCACUUUACAUUAUUUUGGGGCAGAAUUAAGAAACAACUGUGUCCUCUGGGCACCUUUUAGGGGAAAUGUUAAUACACCAGUGGUCUUGUUGGUAGGUUAAUCGACCACUGUCUAUGAGUGGGCUAAUGAACGUGUUGGUGUGUGGCCAAGUGGUUAAGGUGUCAGUCUAGUGAUCUGAAGGUUGCUAGUUCGAGCCUCAGCUGAGGCAAUGUGGUGUGUCCUUGAGCAAAGCACUUAACCACACAUUGCUGUGCGAUGACACUAGUGCCAAGCUGUACUGGCCCUUUCCCUUCCCUUGGAGAACAUCGGUGGUGUAGAGAGGGGAGACUUGCAGCAUUGGCAACUGCCGGUCUUCCAUACAACCUUGCCCAGGCCUGCGCCCUGGAAACGCAAAUCCAUGGUCUCGCGAGACUAAUGGAUGCCUAUAAAUGAGUGUGCUAAUGAGUAGUAGAUUCUAGGGGAAUUGAUAUAAAUGUGAGGAGAAUAUAGUAAGAUGUAUGAGGAUGCGCAUGAAUUCGGACUGAAGGGUUUGUUUCCAAGCUAUACCUUUCUAAAGCAGUCUGCCAGUUUCAUGACAUUUUGCUAAAAUCAAAUUUUAUUUAUUUAUUUAUGUAAAUUAUAUUUCUAAAAUUGCCAUGUAGGCACUAAUUAGUCCAGACCUCUGGAUUGCUAACUGAGUAAUAACCACUACUACCUUAAUAAGAUCUUAAUUGUUGUUAAAAGGUGAAAGUUAAAUUGGGCUGUGCAUGGAGCUUUGGUUUGUCCUUCAAGUGGUGUCAGUUUCAGAGAUCUUGUGUGAAAUACUUAGAGCCAAAAUACAUUCAAACCUUUUGAAGUUGGGACUUGCGCACCAUGAUGCGUGCAUUACAAAAGGCAGAGGUUGCAGAAUGGAGAAGAAUUAACAAUUUCAAAAAUAUAAUGAAAAGCUGAUAUUAAAAAUGUUGAAAUCAGUUUUAAUAUUUAGAAACCUAUUUAGACUAUUAGUCUUCCAGUUGAGUCAUUCUAACCUCUGAGUAAUGUGUUUUCAAUUAAGCCCCACAGAAGCCUGUCUGGAUACAGAGAAGGGAAUCCCUUUUACAUUUGCAGCUAAUAUAUUAGCUGCGAUUGUACUUUCGAAGCUAAAAGGCCAUUGCUGUAGCCAUUACUCAUAGCUAGUUAAAUAGAAAAUGGUACGUGAGGAAAUUAUAACCCUCUCUCUGGAUGCAAUAGCAUUAAUGUGUUGUACCUGAAUUGUUGAUGGAUACAGCCAGGAAAGUAGCCAGUUGGAAACAAGAGAAAAUCUGCAGGUGCUGAAAAUCCAAGCAACACAUACAAAAUGCUGGAGGUUUCAUUCGGCCCGUGCAGGUUUUUUGAACAUGUCAUCUAAUUCCUCUUAUUCUCCAGCAAGCAAAGUGAUCUGGUAUAUGAACAGUUGUGUAACUUUGCUGGAGAAGUGAAUUUGUGUUGAUUUAUAUUUAAAUAAGGGCUGUGAUAUUUAAAUUUCUCUUGGAUUUGCGAUAGAGAUGUUCCAAAUGUUCAGAUGUCUCUCUUGAUAUGUGAAACCGCAAUAUGCUGAAAAUGCAGACUAAGCCAAGUAGCAUAACUGGGGUGGAGGCAGGGGGAGAGAGAUGGAAUUAACAUUUCAGAUCAAUGACAUUUCCUCAGACCUGACAUAUUGUUGGUUUCUCUCUCCAUAAAUGCUACCUGGCCUGAUGAGAAUUCCUGAUGUUCUCUGCUUUUCGAUUUCAUAUUUUUGACAACUGCUAGUUUUUUUCACUCCAGAAAGGCAAUGCCUUGUUUUUCCCCAAUUAUUAAUCUUUCUAAUUUUCUUGUCAAUAAAGUCCCUUACUAUUUCUGUUCAUUGGCAGUGGAUUCAAGACUGUUUCAUGUCAUUUCCAGUACACAAGUGUAAAGGAGAAAGAAAUAAUUGUUACUUCAGAUCCAAUGCAUUAUUAAACACACAAUGAGAUAACAUGAUAAAAAUAAACAUUAUCUAAAUACAGUACAUAAGAUGGCUUGUAUGCAUUACUGUAUGUCUAUAAAGUGAUCCUAGGUGGAGGAGUGGUUGUACAUCGGUGAUGACAGAAAAUGAUAAAGUAGUGGUGGUUCGGAGUGUGGAAGGGGUGUGUUAGUGGGUAGAGGUGUCGAUUAGCCUCACUGCUUCGCAAAGGAAAGUGUUUUUGAGUCUGGUUGUCCUGGCAUGGAUGCUACUUGACCUCCUCCCUGAUGGGAAUAGGACAAACAGCCCAAGAGCAAGGUGGGUGAUGUCCUUCGUGAUGUUGCUGGCCCUUUUCUGGUAUCUUGUCUAUAUGUACGUAUAAGGGCCAAUAAGGCUGGUCCCGGCCCAUGUAUUGGGCAGCUUUGACUAUGCACAGUAGAGCCUUCCUGUUCACAACAGUUCAGUUUCUGUACUAUGCUCUGAUGCAGUUUGUUAGGAUGCUCUCCACUGUGCGUCUGUAGAAUGACGUGAGCAGGGACGUGCAUAAUCCAGUUCUCUCCAGCCUCCUCUGACUGAAGAGGUGUUGAGCUGUCCUGAUUGUGCAGAAUGUGUUCUGGGACCAGGAGAGAGCGUGCAGAAUGUGCACGCACAGGAGUUAGAAAUCGCUUGCAGUAGUUUCCUCUGCUGUGGCGCCGAUGUAAAGGGGCUGUGAGUGGAGCUCUGAAGUCGCUAACCAUCUCCUUUCUUGUUAACCUCGAGGAAGAGGAUAUUUGCCUGGCCCCAGGCCUUGAGCUCUUCCACCUCCUCUCUAUAGGCCGCCUCAUUGUGUUUUGUUUGAUGACCAUUGUUGUGUCAUCGAACUUGACUGUGAUUCCUCAGACACUUGGCUGAACGGGCAGAGUGUACGCCAGUGGGCUCAGCACACAGCCCUUGGGGUGGGGGGCACCCAUGUUGAGGAUGAUGGGGAGGGGGGAGCGGUUGUGCGUCCUGACUAUCGGACAUCUGUUGGUUAGGGAAUCCAACAGCAAGACGCUCAGAUACUGCUCCUGCAAAGUCGGUGUAUGUGAUAUACAUGCAAGCAGAACAAACAAUACCGUGUGAAGCACUGGCUCUGACGAUCCAGACCGCUCGCUGCAUCUCUGAACUGGCAGGCUGUAAUCUGCUGCUGAUGCCAUCACUCUCACUGGAUGCGCCUGUGUCAUUUGUGGCUUCUUGCCGGUUAGGAGGUUAAAAAGAAAUAUUAGGAAGGAAUUUAGAUCCGUAGAUUGGUUUGAAUACACUGUAACAAAAAAAAAGAAUUAAAAUUACUGUCGACAAUGCUGGUACUGAGAUUCUGUGGCAGCCUGUUAAUCAGACACACAAAUCCUGGAGAAACAGCUGCCAGCCGAUAUCACCCUGCGUUGAGCAUUUGAAUGGUGUAGGAGAGGAGCCGUGGGUAACCAGGCAACGCAGAUUAAAGCAGUUGGCAAAGGAACAAGAAGACAGCUUUGCAUUUAAAUGAGUGGCAGGUUUGGUUACUUUAAAUUACCUUUGGUAUAGGUGGAGAGUAGGAAAAUGGGUUGGAGUUGCCGGUUGUGUAGAAGAACAUUGGUUACUGUAAAACAAGUGUGGGACAGGGAGUGAUGGGAUUCCUGGGCUGACGUGGACUCAAUGGGCUGAGAUGUGAGAAAGCAAGUUAUGAUGCAGAAAGAGUGUUGAAAGUACCCUCCUUCCCUUUCUCCCAUGGUUUAAUCUCCUAUCUCACAUAUCUCCUUCUUCAACCCUUACCAGCUUCUCACUUCAUCCUCUCCUCUCCCACCUUCCUCCUCACCUAUCACCAGCCAGCUUGUGUUCCUCACCCACUGCCUUCUCCCUCCCUUUCAACUCGAAACCCUUCGUCAGAACUGUUUAUGGAUGCUGGCCGACUGGCUGUCAGCAUUUUGUGUAUAUUCCUCUGGAUUUUCAGCAUCUGCAGAAUCUCCCUGCAUUUUGGAGAAACAUGAGAUUUGCUGGGGUAAGAGGUGAAGGGAUACUGAUUGCAAAGUCUUCAAAGCACCAGCACAGGCAUGAAAAAUAUUUGCUUCCUGUGUGAUCAUGCAAUGGUUGCAUUGGGUUUGUGACAGCUGAGUUUCGAACCUCAAAAGAAAAUGCUGAAUUUUUAGAGUGCACUUGAGAAUGUAAGAUGUCUUUGAAGAUUGCACAUCUUUUACUGUGAUGUAUUUUUCUAUGCCUUUGCAGCUAUUGCAGUAAAUGUAAGGAAAGUCAACCAAAUAAAGAUUUUGAA